UAAGUGAUUGUGAAAUGAUGGAGGCAUCAAUUCCCAAGGGUGAUAGUAUGAUAGAGUUACAUCUUGAGAGAUGUGAUCGGAUUUUGGUAAAUGGAUUCUCCACAGGCUUGCAAAUGUUUGUCCUUAAGGGAAAUCGGUAUACCCAAUUCUCCAUGGAGCAAACUUCACUAAAUUGUACCUUUAUAGAAAAUCUCUCCAUCUCUUUAGAUUUGCGUUUCAAUAAUCUUACAAUAAGAGGAUACUCCUCCUCCUUGCCUUUUUCACUACAUCUGUUCACCAAUCUUGAAUAUCUCUAUUUGUACCAUUGCCCACAGUUGGAAUCAUUUCCAAGGGGAGGUUUGCCUUCCAACUUGAUCAGACUUGAAAUAAAGAAUUGCCCAAAACUGAUUGGUUCGAGAGAGGAGUGGGGUUUGUUCCAACAUAAUUCUUUGAGACGGUUCAGUGUCAGUGAUGAGUUUGAAAACGUGGAGUCCUUCCCAGAGGAGAAUCUGCUGCCACCAACUCUUGAGUAUCUUAGUUUGUAUAAUUGUUCAAAGCUAAGAAUAAUGAACAACAAGGGUUUUCUCCACCUCAAUUCUCUCAGAUUUCUAUGUAUAAGAAACUGCCCUAGUCUUGAGAGCUUGCCAGAGGAGGCUCUACAACAACUCAGCUCUCAAUUGUGGAUUAAUGAAUGUCCAUUAAUUAGGGAGAAGUACAAAAAGGAGGGAGGAGAGCGUUGGGAUACAAUUUGUCACAUCCCUGAAGUGAAGAUUGACUGGAUUGACCAGCACGAAUGAGAUGUGGCCCCAGUGUUCUGUGACCAUGACAUACCCUUGCCAUCGCCAAUGCCAUGAAGCACAUGCAGGAUUCUGUUGCAGGUCCCUCAUUUGAAUAGGACUUACGAAGAAGAAAUCUGCAUUAACAUCCGGAGAAGAAAUCUUCGAAACAUACUCUCAAGGAUCAAGUCAUAUAUCUGCAUUGUUUUAGCUUCCAGAUGUAACACAUAACCAUUCUGCAUCAUUUUUUGAGAACAAGUUUGUUAAUGAUGAUUGAAUCAAGGAAUGUGUAGAGUGAAUUACUUUUUCUGAGUUUGUGAAAAAAAUUAUCUAUCUGAA